AUGGCCGGAAGCCAGAAAAAAUCUACGAAGAAGUUCGAGAAGAACCAUCUUAAGGAUGUUCUCGAACGACGAAAAGCGGCCGCGAAGAUUAAGCAGCGAAAUCAGAUGAAGGAGAAACGCAAGGCUGAUAAUGCGAAGUCGCGAGCGGACAGAGAGGACGCGCCUGAGGAUAGGGAGGAGCAGACUAAGAAGCAGGAUGCCUUCGCGGAAAUGAACGUCGAUGAUUUCUUCUCUGGAGGAUUCGAGAUUGCGGACCCCACCGCUAAGAAGAGCAAGAAAGCACAAAAGAAGGAUGUCACCCCAAAGAUUGGGAAGCGCAAGCGCUCAGAGGCUCAGGAGGAUGAUGAGGAAGACUCUGCGGUGUCAAGCGAGGAAGACGGGCAAUCCCAAGACGAAGACGGUGCGGAAUCGGACGCCAGCGAUGACUUCGAAUCACACAAGGCUGCUCUGGAGUCGCUGAAAGAAAAAGACCCCGAAUUCUACAAAUACAUGCAGGAAAAUGAUGCUGAACUGCUUGAAUUUGGCGACCUUGCGGAAGUUGAUGCCCUGAGCGAGGGAGAGGAGGAAGAGGAACAACCAAAGAAGAAGAAAAAGAAGGCGGCCAAAGAGGAGGAAGAUACCGCCUCGGAUCUCACCAUCGCGACUGUGAAGAAGUGGCAGAAGUUGAUGGAGGAGCAGAACUCUAUUCGUGCUAUGCGACAAACGGUCCUUGCCUUCCGCGCUGCCGCGCAACUCGACGAAGUGGAGGCCCAGGAGCAGAAGUAUACAAUUUCGGACUCGAACGUGUAUCACCAGGUUCUUGUCACAGCGCUCGGAAACGUUCCUCGGGUUCUUAGCCACCACCUUCCUGUCAAGGAGUCUGCGUCUGGCAAGAUCAGGGUGUCGCUCGACUCGAAGAAGUUCAAGACUCUAACGCCGCUCAUCAAAUCAUACACCUCUUCGGUCCACAAAUUACUCGAGAACCUGUCCGACGAGCAGACGUUGAAGCUUACCCUCUCAUCCAUUGAACCCAUGCUCCCUUAUCUAUUGCAGUUCAGAAAACUCCUGAAGGUCGUCAUUAAGACAAUUGUUGGCAUCUGGGCCGAUGUCUCAACCACUGAAGCCACCCGAAUUGUCGGCUUCCUCCUCCUCCGCCGUCUCAUGGUCAUCGGUGACGCCGGCCUCAAGGAGACCGUCCUAAAGGCCUCCUACGAGGGCGUUGUCAAGGGAAGCCGCAACACAACCGUCCACACACUUCCCGGCGUCAACCUCAUGAAGAACUCAGCCGCCGAGCUCUGGGGCAUCGAUCAAAACGUCUCCUACACAACGGGCUUCAACUUCAUCCGCCAGCUCGCCAUGCACCUCCGAAGCAGCAUCACAAACUCCUCCAAGGACUCCUAUAAGACAAUCUACAACUGGCAAUAUGUGCACAGCCUGGACUUCUGGUCCCGCGUCCUCUCCCAACACUGCGACGGCCUCGCCGAAGCCAAGGCCGGCAAGCAAUCUGCCCUCAGGCCCCUCAUCUACCCCGUGGUCCAGAUCACCAUUGGCGCCAUGCGCCUCAUCCCCACAGCUCAAUACCUCCCGCUCCGCUUCCAACUCACCCGCUCCCUCCUCCGCCUCUCCCGAGGAACAGGAACAUACAUCCCCCUCGCCUCCUCCCUCCUCGAACCCCUCAACCUCUCCGAGCUCCGCAAGCCCCCGAAAUCAGCUACCCUCCGCCCACUGGACUUCAACACCGCGAUCCGCGCGCCGAAAUCAUAUCUCCGCACCCGCAUCUACCAGGACGGCGUCCUCGAGCAAGUUGCCGAGCUCCUGGCCGAGUUCUUCGUCCUCUGGUCGAAACACAUUGCGUUCCCGGAACUGUCUGUUCCCGUUGUCGUCGCCCUGAAGCGCUGGCUCAAGCAGGUUUCCUCGCGCUCAUCCGGGAACAGGAACACCAAGAUGAACCAGCAGAUCCUGCUGCUCGUGCAAAAGCUCGAGAGUAACGCACGGUGGAUUGAGGAGCGCAGAGUGAACGUUACCUACGCGCCGAGGAAUCGUGUCGAGGUCGAGAGCUUCCUCAAGGAUGUUGACUGGGAAAGCACCCCACUAGGAGCGUUCGUCAAGGUCCAGCGGAAGUUGCGAGAGGAGAAGGCUGCUCUCCUCGAGGAGAGCAGACGGGAGGAGGAGAGACGGCGAAAGGAAGAGAAAGAAGGUGGUGGUGAUGUGGUAAUGGAUGAUGUUGCGAGUGAGCUUGAUCAGAGUGAGGAUGACAGCGAGGAAGAAGUUGAGGAUGAGUCUGAAGAGCAGGAUGAGGACGAGGAAGAUGAUGAAGAGGAAGAUGAUGAGUAG